AUCGUGGACCGGCCGCUGCAGGUGUUCCAUGUGGAGGUGGAAGUAAAGGAUAUUAACGAUAAUCCACCGGUGUUCUCUCUCAGAGAACAAAAGCUGCUGAUUUCUGAAUCUAAGCAACCUGACUCUCAUUUUCCUCUAGAGGGAGCUUCUGAUGCGGAUAUUGGAGAGAAUGCUCAAUUGACCUACAGACUAAGUCAAAAUGAGCACUUUUCUUUAGAAUUACCAACAAAUAGUAAGCAGACUAAAAGGCUGUCACUUACAUUAAAGAAGUCUCUGGAUAGAGAGAAAACUGCGGAACUUAAUUUACUAUUAACGGCUGCAGACGGCGGGAAACCGGAGCUCACUGGCACUGUUCAUCUCUUCGUCCGCGUCUUGGAUAUUAACGACAAUGAUCCGGAAUUUGAACAAUCAGAAUACAAGGUGAGAUUGAUGGAAAACGCAGCUAAAGAAACUCUUGUGAUAAAGUUAAACGCCACAGAUCAAGAUGAAGGAGUCAACGGGGAGGUGACAUACUCCUUGAUGUCGAUUAAGCCCAAUGGAAAACGUUUAUUUACACUACAUGAAAACAGUGGAGAAGUAAGGGUCAAUGGAACUUUAGACUAUGAAGAAAACAAGGUUUAUGAAAUUGAUGUACAGGCUACAGAUAAGGGGAAUCCCCCAAUGGCAGGUCACUGUACAGUCUGGGUCGAAAUCUUAGAUGCCAAUGAUAACGCCCCUGAAGUCACUGUGACUUCCCUGUCUCUUCCAGUGCGGGAGGACACUCAGCCAAGCACGGUCAUUGCGCUGAUCAGUGUAUCUGAUCGCGACUCUGGUGCCAACGGACAGGUGAUCUGUUCUCUAACGCCCAACGUCCCCUUCAAGAUCAUGUCCACGUUCAAGAACUAUUACUCACUAGUGCUGGACAGCGCCCUGGACCGCGAGAGCAUGUCUGUCUAUAAACUGGUGGUUACAGCGCGGGACGGGGGCUCGCCUUCCCUGUCGGCCACAGCCAGCGUG